AUGUCUCCAAAAACCAUCUUAGUGCUCUUCCUGCUUACAGUGGUGCUGACCACUGCCACUCUCGCCGACGAUGGCAAACCUCAGAAGAAGCCGCCACCGAAAAAGAAACCUCCAAUGGAAGAAACCACCACCCUUGAUGAGGAAACCCUGACCACCUUGGAUGGUGGCAAGAAGAAACCUCCAUUGGAGAAAACCACCAUUAUUGAUGAGGAAACCCUGACCACCUUGGACGGCGGCAAGCCUCCCAAGAAGAAGCCUCCACCGAAAAAGAAACCUCCGACGGAAGAAACCACAAUCCUUGAUGAGGAAACCCUGACCACCUCGGAUGGUGGCAAGAAGAAACCACCACCGAAAAAGAAACCUCCAAUGGAAGAAAACACCACCCUUGGCGAGGAAACCCUGACCACCUUGGACGGCGGCAAGCCUCCCAAGACGAAGCCGCCGCCGAAAAAGAAGCCUCCAAUGGACGAAACCUUGGCCGCCAUGGACGGUGGGCGUUGA